AUGGUUAUCCAGCUUCCUCACAAUACAAUGAAUCAAGCGGCAGAGAAUCCGAAUCACAGGAGCAACAAGAGGAUAAGACAGAACGAAAGUGCGCCGGAGCAGAGGAAAACUCGCUAUGAAUACAGAGGCGGCCUUUCUGUAAUUAGAUUCCUCUAUCACUCAUCCAUACUUAUCUCACCGCACAGACCUCUUUCUGAAGGCGCCAAGAACAGGGUUACAAGUGUCUUGCAGGGGAUGAAAAUCAGAAACACGCAUGGAAGAAGAGAUAAAAAGUUCACUUUUCAUGGUCUCACAUCAGACAUGACUCGAGAUUUCGUGGUGUUCGUCGAAGAUGGAGAUGAAAAGUUUAAGUUGGAAUACGAGAAACUGCCAUAUCUGGACUUGGGCAUGAGCGCAGAUGGUAAGCCCAUUUAUCUUCCCAUCGAAUGGUGUGUAAUUUACAGCAAGGAUAACAAAAGUAAUCAAAGACUCCGACGUCUUGUUUCCCAUGAAACUUCCCCGGACCUAAAUUAUACUGUACUGAAUUAUCCUAAAAAUACGCAUCUUGAAAACAAGUGGCGACUCGUUUUCCUUGGCCAAAAUGCUCCGAUGGACACUCUCGACAAGUUCAGGAAGUCUAUGGCUGCUAAAUGCGGAGAAUCGGGGAAUGCUGAGAUUAUACAUAUCACUGAGCCCGCAGAGCUGAAAGUAAAACUGCCGUCUUUAGAGAGCGGUAUAAUUAUUUUGGUGUGCGUGAUGGAGGAGGAGGACAAGCCGUUUCAGAGGGCUGUGAAGCGAGAGGCAGAAUUGGAGAAAGGAAUGGUAACGCAAUGGUGUAAACUCGAAGAUGUGGAGCAUUACUGCGAUCUGUAUGUGACGGAUUUACACGAAUCGUGGUAUGUGACGGAUUUGAUGCAGGAGAUGAUUGCAAAAACAGGGAGCCCGGAAUACAAAGCAAAAGCUUUUCUUCCUCACAGUGCAUUCCCCCACCGGUUUAAGUGGUGGAAUCGUGAUUCUGAAAGUAAUUGUGAUGUAAUGUAUUUGGGAUGUAAAGUGAUCAACUCUUUUCCUCAUCUCACUGUUAUGGUUGCAAAUCUUAGCAAAGAAGAUCGUUCUACUUCUGAUUAUGUUUCCAGAGUUGCCCUCGGCGAUUAUAUGGACAACCUUCCGGCCAUUUUUGGUGAGCUGCUUACCAAAUACGACACGAUUCACGACAAUGAUUUGCCUGAUAAGAUCAUUUUCUUCAGAGAAGGCUUUGUCGGAGGCCGAAUUGAAGAGACUCUGCGAAAAGAAGUCAAUGAUCUGAGAAAAAAAAUCAAUUCUCUGAAGAAUGUAGCAAUAUAUCCUCCCAUCACUUUCAUUGUUCGUGACAGAAAGAGUGGUGCUCGCUCUGUGAAUGGAGGUGAUGGGAAAGCAAAUUACAGCAUUUUCUCGGAUGAGAGUGCAAUUUGUUGCUCUGAAUUUGAGAUGUUAAUCAAGAAUCUUUCGUAUUCGAGAAGAUACCCGAAGCCCCUUCCGGUCUAUUACACAAAUCGUGUGGCCCGUUUGGCAAAGGUAUAUUUGGAAGGACAGAAGAAUCCCAAUCUGAAUAAAAUUGCGGAGACCAUUGACAGGUCCCUGUACGUCCGUAGAGAAAGUCUGAAUGAGGGCGAACAUCAAAAUCGAGCGGCAGAGCAGCAACAGGCUGAACAGAUGGACGAAUAA